AUGACAAUAAUAACGCCACCACCAACAACAGCAACAACAAUCACGCAACUAGACACGGCAAGUUCUACGAGUAUUCCAUGUAUUCCAUCAAACAAAUAUGUUUUGGCGUAUAAUGUUACACCAAUUAUCUAUCAGAAGCAAACGUAUACAUACACAGCAGCAUCCACUGGUAUGAACAUAUUAGAAUUUGGUUUUAAAGCUCUAAGCACAACAAAGACUUGGCAUCUUGAUGAUGUCAAUAUUAUAGAUAAAAAUUUAUCCAACUCUGAAAUACUUGUAAAUAGUGUCUUUGAGAAUGGUACUUUAAUUGGUUGA